AAAGACAUUAGGCUGUUAACAUGGCUGACCAGAAAGACGAGAAAUUACCUGUCUUUUCUUCUUUGAAAGACUCUCCCUCAGCCAUGACCAAGAAAGGAGCAUACGCUGCUGUCUCUUACAUGGUUUCUGCAGGUAGAUGAUGAUAGUACAGCUCAAGUCUCUACCUUACUUAAACUUGAUCAUCAUCUGGGUUUAGCCAUUGCUAAGUUUUUUUUUUUUUUUCAUUUUCAGAAAGGUUGGUAUCAUGUAUUCAAUGUGAAUAUAUAACACUAUAUUACUCUAUUUCUCUGUUUUGCAGUUCUCUUGGUACUAUUCAACAAAGCUGCUCUGUCUUCAUAUAGAUUCCCAUAUGCAAAUGUCAUUACAUUAUUUCAGAUGAUAUCUUCAUUGGCAUUGCUUUAUGCAUUGAAACUCUGGAAGAUUAUUUCUUUCACAGUCGAACCACAGAACAAUACUAAUAAAAACCCAGCAACUCUAAUACCAUUGAAGACAUUAGUGUACACUCUCCCUCUUGCAAUAUCAUAUUUGCUCUAUAUGUUGGUUACCAUGGAAUCUGUUCGUGUUGUAAGUGUCCCAAUGUACACCACUCUCAGAAGAACUACAGUAGCUUUUACAAUGAUUGUGGAGUACUUUUUGUCUGGGAAUAAACAUUCAUAUUCAGUUAUUGGCAGUGUGGGGAUAAUAGUAUUUGGUGCAUUUAUCGCCGGAGCUCGUGAUCUAUCAUUCGAUGCUUAUAGCUAUGCAGUUGUUUUUGUAGCAAAUAUCUGUACAGCUGUAUAUCUUGCUUCAAUUGCUCGUAUUGGUAAAUCAAGUGGCCUUAGUACCUUUGGAUUAAUGUGGUCCAAUGGAAUAAUAUGUGGACCAAUCCUACUCUUUUGGACAUUAAUCAAUGGUGACCUCAGACAAUUGUUAAACUUUCCCUACUUAUCUUCCCUUGGAUUUCAGGUUGUGAUGGUUCUUUCCUGUGUUUUGGCUUUCUUAAUAAACUACUGUGUAUUUUGGAAUACCACACUAAAUUCAGCUCUCACACAGACGAUUUGCGGUAAUUUGAAGGAUCUUUUUACUAUUGGACUAGGCUGGAUUAUUUUUGGUGGGCUUCCUUUUGAUUUGUUAAAUGUUGUUGGACAAUCUCUUGGUUUCAUUGGGUCUUGUUUGUAUGCCUUCUUUAAAAUCCAAGGUAAGUAAGAUGGACUUUGCUACAUGAGAGCCUUCCUUAUUACAGGUGAUCCUAAAUCAUGAAUUUGGCUGGUCAAUUCUUCCUGCAUCAGCUGAGAAAUUUUGACUUGGUGAUAAAAGUUUUAAGUAUGAUUAUUUAUGUCGCGAGUAAUGUAAACACAACCCACAACUUCUGCUAUAGAUGUCUUGGGGUUAUCUUGGCUUAUUAGCUGAGUAGUAAUGGAUUCUAAAUUCAUAAAUGGAGCAUGGCCUUGGCCUUAAUCUGAAGUAAUCAGUUGUUAAACAUUUUCAUGUAAGAAAAUCAUUAAUAAGGGGUUGCAAUAA